CGAGACAACAGGUGUCACGAGCUGACAGCACGAGCUGAGCAGAUGGUCGAGCCGAGAGGCAGAGUGCCGGGAGACACGGAGCGCCAAACCUCAUUUAUAUUAUCGCGAAGAAACAAUUCACUUACAGUGUUGGGAAGGUGCAGACUGAUUUCACACAUUUGACUGAAUCGUCUGAAUUGGCGCGUUUUAUUUUUCCAUUCGUCCUACAAAUUAACUCAAGUAAAAUCACGUUUUUAAACCUAAUCGUGUUAAGGUGUUCGGAGCAGUGCGAACAAAUGAUAGUUUACAUCUAAUUCAAACGACCUGCUUUGCUCGGCCCAGUUUUGUCAUUCACUUGUAGCUCACACUGCAUCACAGGAGGAGGUUAAGUUUUCAGACAUCUACUAAUAUCAUGCAUGUUACAAGAAAACGCCACAAUCAAUUUGUAGUUUUCUAAAUGAGGUUCAGUACGACGCUGUGUCUGUGAUGUGUUGACACACAGUCAGGACAGGACAGGAGGAGGACACAGCGUCCACGAUCAAGUCUUCAGUAUUUCAACACGCAGGGACAGCAAACGUUUCCCCACAUGUCCUCCUGGCUGCCAGCAGCCAUGGACGCAUUCAGGCAACAGAAGGUGGAGGAUUUCUAUGAGAUCGGUGAAGAGCUGGGAAGCGGGCAGUUCGCCAUCGUAAAGCAAUGCCGAGAGAAAAGCAGCGGCCGCCAAUUCGCCGCCAAGUUCAUCAAGAAGCGUCAGAGUAUGGCCAGCUCUCGGGGAGUGAGGCGGGAGGAGAUAGAGCGGGAGGUGGACAUCCUGCAGCAGAUCCAGCACCCCAACAUCGUCACGCUGCACGACGUCUACGAGAACCGCACUGACGUGGUGCUCAUCCUGGAGCUGGUCUCUGGAGGUGAGCUGUUUGACUUCCUGGCACAGAAGGAGUCUCUGAGCGAGGAAGAGGCCACUCAGUUCAUCAAACAGAUCCUGGAGGGGGUGAACUACCUCCACUCCAGGAAAAUCGCCCACUUUGAUCUCAAGGAAAUGGAACCAUCAGACAUCACUCUGUGUGUUCUUGUAGCCAGCUGUUUGAAUGACACGACGGCUCGGCUGGGAUCAAGUGCCAACAAACAACAUCAACAGAAACUGCAGAUGAAGCCUGAAAACAUAAUGCUGCUGGACAAACACGUGCCGCUGCCGAGGAUCAAACUCAUCGAUUUCGGUCUCGCCCACAAGAUUGAAGCUGGGGUUGAGUUCAAAAACAUCUUUGGAACACCUGAGUUUGUAGCACCAGAGAUCGUCAACUACGAGCCACUGGGACUGGAAGCAGACAUGUGGAGCAUCGGGGUCAUCACAUACAUCCUGCUGAGUGGUGCUUCUCCUUUCCUGGGGGAGACCAAAAAGGACACACUGAGGAACAUUUCCACCAUAAAUUAUGAGUUUGAUGAGGAGUUCUUCUGUCACACCAGUGAGCUGGCCAAGAGAUUCAUCAGCCAGCUGCUGGAGAAGGAUAAGAGGAGAAGAUUAACAAUUCAAGAUGCUCUUAAUCACCCAUGGAUCAAGUUUAAUGAACACAAGGACGAAAAUAAAACCCAGGAGCCAAAGAAACGGGAGCGACGCCAGCUGAAGACCAAGCGGCUGAGGGAGUACACCAUCAAGUCCCACUCCAGCAUGCCGCCCAACAACACCUAUGUAAACUUUGAGCGCUUUGCCCAGGUGGUGGAGGACAUUGGCCAAAUGGAGAGUGCGUUUGCGAGCCUGGCGACAGCCCAUGACUCUCUGCAGGAAGACAUCGACGCCAUGGUCUCCAUAUACAAUGAAAAGGAGGCCUGGUACAAGGAGGAGAGUGAAGGCGUGCGCCACGAGCUCUCGCAAAUCCGCUACGAGUUCCGUAAGGUGGAGGCCUUCAAGAGAAGCCUGCAGGACGACAUGCAGGCUUUCAGUUCCGGCCUCAGUGCCAUCAGCAGCCGCUACCAGGAGAGACAAAACCACUUUGAUGCACUGCAUCUGGAGCUGAGCAGUGAGCUGAAGUGGGUGCAGGACGUGAUGGCUUCGUUUCCCAUGGACGGAGGUGGGGGAGGAUACCCCAACUGCAGCUUCUCCACCGCCUUCAACAACGACGUGAAUGAAGCCCUGAAAGAGCUGCUGAACCGCUCCUGUGGAGGAGAGCUGCUGUCCGGGAUCAACCUGGACUUCGAAACUGGACAGCAAAGAUGAAUUUUACUGGUAUUUGAAAA